CUUUCUUUGCUUUAUACAAAUUAUCUUGCAUGACCUUUCUGCCACAGAAACACCCCACUUUCGCAGCUACCCCUUCUUACUCGGUGCUCUCUUUUUUCAACAUUUCCCUUCCAGAGACACUGCAUUCUUGCUUCGCAUCUCCCCACCCAUAAAGUUCCAGACGUCAUCUCCGAACUGACCGUACGACUCGACUCCGCAGAGCCUCAACGGCCGCUGGCUUUUAUACUUGAAUACCGCUGGAACCCGGUGUGAAUGCCUUUGACCUUCUGAGCGUGUGCUGUGCAAGAUCCUUAUCCACAAGAUGUUCGCUACAAAGCGGUUAAGCAAGGAGCUUCUCAAGAUAAAAGAACACCUCCCGCCUGGCAUCUCGAUCGUCAAAUCCGACAACCUCGAAGAAUGGCUCAUGGACAUCAAAGUGCUGGACGAGAACCCGCUGUAUCUGAACGAAACCUACCGGCUGAAGUUCACCUUCAGCAAGAAAUAUCCAAUUGAACCCCCCGAAGUCCAAUUCGUCACCACACCCACACUUACCUCCCCCACCCCCGCCUCCUUUGAUGAUAAUGCAACAACAACAAAUCCCCGCCGCACCAUCCCCAUCCACCCGCACAUCUACAGCAACGGGAUCAUCUGCCUCGACCUCCUCAGCUCGGCCGGCUGGUCGCCCGUGCAGACCGUCGAGAGCGUCUGCAUGAGCAUCCAGAGCAUGCUGACGGCCAACAGCCGCAACGAGCGGCCCCCCGGCGACAAGGAUUUCGUCUCGUAUAACCGCCGCCGGCCCCGGGAUAUUAAUUUCAUGUACGAUGAUGAUAAUGUAUAGCCCUUUCUCUUCCUAUCCGGGAUUGGGAUUGGGGGUGGUGGUUGAAGGCGAGGACGAUGGCCCUGUGCUGAGCGAUGGGCUUGAGGGGAGAAGGGGAGAGGAGACAGGGAGUGAAGUUCAUCCUUGAGUGAUCUCUUUCCCGCAGGUUCGUUCUUGGGCUCUAUUCUGACGCCCUUGUCGUCGGUUGUGUUUCCAUCUGCAUGCGGGGGUUGGUUUAUUGGCGCGGGCGUAUCUGGAGUUUUCUUUUCGUUUUCUGUUUCUGGUUUCGAUUGAUUCCCUUGGCUGAGCCGAGGCUGAGGCUGAGGCUGGUGCUCACACGUAGUUAUCUCCCUCCCGCAUCUCCCACAUCUCUCGUCCGUCUUCUGGCAUUCGGGGACUUCACAUAUCUCACUGCCGUGCCUAAUGCUUCCCCCCCUUGUCUUGUUUCCCUUCUACCUGUGGAUUCAAGAAAUGAGCCACUAUAUCUUUACUAAUAUAACUCUGUGA